CGCAUUUUACAUAGUAUACACCCAUGAAUGUUUUUCCUUAUUGUACUUGAAAAUUUGGACUGGCGCUUGCUUGCCAGUUUCUUCCCAAAAUGGACUUCCGGUUGAAUAGUAUCCUUUGCGUUAUCGUCCUCCUUCUUAUCGACGAAGGUCAUGCGAAAUGGGUUCGAAUGGAGAAUGGACGAAUGGAAAAUCCCGAAAACCCCUGGACAUUGUGGCCCAACGGAGACAUUCACUUCUACCUCGAUAAAGACUACACAACGCUGCAGAGAGCGCAGAUCAAAACCGCUAUGGUGCGCAUUAGCCAGGACACCGGUGGCUGUGUGAAGUUCCUGGAGACAACAGCGGACGCUGCGGUUUACAAGCUAAAGAUCACUCCGAAUAAAGGCGACGCCGGCGCGGUGGAGCAUCGCUGCUAUACCGUUCCCGGACGGCUCCGAGCCAACCAUACCGGCGAGCAGAUUAUGGUCCUGACCGACGGUGAUGAUGGCUGUUUCCACGAAGGACCGCGAUCUCUGAUGAAAUACUUAACAUUAAGUGUGGGGAAACGGAACGAGCACCAGAAAGCCAUUCGCAACGAUUUCCUGGACAUCAGUUUGGACAACGUCUUGCCGAGCAUGCGUAUGGCGUUUCGAACAUUUCCACCGGAAGCGGCGUAUUCCGCCUGCCCAUAUUACGACUAUUGUAGCAUAACACACAACCAGCCGCGAGAUUACACACAGAAAGGAAGCGAUGCUGCCGCGUUUGUUGUCAAACAGCCACCGUACUUUAUUCCUAAGAUGUCCCAUCUUAGCGAAUGCGACUGCAAGGACAUAACCACGAUGUAUGGAGGCGACAGCUCGGUUUGCGCAAAACUGGACUGUGCGGCACAAAAAAUGCCGCCACAACAAAAACCUGUACCGGUGCCGGGUUCAUCUGGACAAACAAACCAGAACCAGCCGGCCCAGCCUAGUGGAGCAGCCGGCGUAGGUGCCGGGCUAGAAGCGGAUGACGACCUCCAGAAUCUGCUGAAUCAGAUACUAGGAAUGGAGGGCGGUGGUGGUGGCGCAGGUGCCGGUGGUGGCCGUCCCGGUGUUAUCAGCGGGGGUGGGUCAUUUGCCGGCGGAAUGGGUGGCAACGGUGGGGGCGGUGCACCCGGAAUGCCAGGUGGUACCGGUGGCGGUACACCGGGAAUGGGAGGUGGUGCCGGUGGUGGCAUUGGUGGUACUGGUGGUGGCGGGAUGUCCGGGAUGGGUGGCGGUGGCGCUGGAGGUGGAUCCAUGCAGCCGUCGGUGUCUCAGGGCGGAAUGAGCAAUGAUGUCUGCUACACCAUCCAGAUGGUCGGAAUGGGUGGAGCCAGCGGAGCCGGAGGAAUGAAUGGCGGCAUGGGAGGAAUGUCCGGAAUGGGAGGCGGCGCCGGUGGAUCUCCCGGGAUGGGUGGAGGUGCUGGAGGCGGCAUGGGCGGUGGUAUGGGUGGUAUUUCUGGAGGUGGAGGAAGUGCAGUUGGAGCUGGCGGCGGUUCUGGAAUGGGCGGCAUGGGGAUGGGAAACAAUCCAGGUGGGAUGUUAGGAGGAAAUGGAAUGGGUGGAAAUGUGGGUGGAGGCAUGUCCGGAGGCGGUGGAAUGGGAGGAAGUAUGGGUGGUGGUAUGGGCGGAGCCGGCGGCAGUUCUGGAGGAAUGGGAGGUGGUAGUAACAGUAUGACUUUCACCUUUACUAUUGGCGGAGGAGGACAAGCUAUGGGAAAUAUGGGAAGUGGUGGCGGUGGAGGAAUCAGCGGUAAUCCAGGCAUGUCAGGAUCGAACGGUGGAAUGUUCGGCAGCUCUUGGGGAGCAAAUGGGGCAAUACUGGUGCCACUGGCAUGGGUGGAUCCAUGGGUAAUUCAAUUCAAGGCGGCUCAUUCAACAGUGGGAUGUUUGGAAGUGGUCGACCGGUGGGCAGCGGGGGAUCGUUCAGCUCUGGUAACAAUUGGGCGACGAGUAGCGGCCGUGAUGUCGGUCAGACUGGUUAUCAUGCAAGCACGGCGAUGUUACAUCGUACCACGACAAUCAUACAUCCCACAACGCACCACCGAUCGUCCCUUCGUGAACGGCCCGCCGAAUGCGCAGUGCUCCGUGACUAUGACGCCUGGAAUGGGCGGUAUGGGAGGCGGUAUGGGCGGUAACGCUGGUAACUCUGGUGGUAACGCCGGUGGCAAUGUUGGCGGAAAUAUGGGCGGAAACUCCGGUGGCGCUGGAAAUAGCAUGGGUGGCGGCAUGGGCGGUAGCUGGAGCGUUAACUCCGGCAGUUCCGGUGGUAAUGCUGGUGGUGGUAUGACAAGUAAUUGGGGAAGCAAUACGGGCGGCAAUGGCGGGGGUGCUGGCAGUAAUAUGGGCGGCGGUCAGGCCAGCAGCUGGAGUGUAAAUAUGGGCGGUAACGCUGGCAGUGCCGGAACUAAUGCUGGUAGCGGUAUGACCAGCAACUGGGGCGGUAACAUGGGCGGUAACGCGGGUAGCUCCAACGGGAACAUGGGUGGAAAUGCCGGCAGUUGGAGCUGGACUAGUUCAGGCGACAGUGGCAGGCCCCCUGGAGUGCCCCCGGGAGCAAUGAUGUCCGCCAAGCCAGGAGAUCCCAUUCCGAUUGGAUCCGGUCAGCGGUUUAAACGAACCAUGAACAACGACCAAGCGUACUAUAAGUGGCCGGGAAAUACGGUGCCCUACUGUGUCGAUCCAUCUUACAGUCCCCUGGAACAAGCGCAGAUCCAUGCCGCUUUCAAAGCAGUUCAGGAUCAAAUGGGUAGCUGUGUUCAGUUUGUCAACACCAGUGCGGAUAGUCCGCUGUUCAAGGUCAAGGUAGCUCCCAGCGAUGGACAAAUCGCUUCGCCGCUCGGAUCAAAAGCCUGCAGUUCCCUGCCGGGUGCUUCGGCACAACAUAUUAGCAGUGGAAAGAAGGAGCAGAUCAUGGUGUUAUCCAAGGAUUCCAAGGACGGUUGCUUUGAUGGAACCCGACAUUCGCUUAUGAAAUUUGCCGCUAUCGUUUUGGGACUACGCAGCAUCCACAACCGGCCUGAUCGCGAUAAUCAUAUUAACCUGAUCCAAGGCAACAUUCCACCAGGUAAUCAAGCCGCAUAUGCAAAAUUCACCGAAGCCAACGCCACCAGCAGCACGUGUCCCACGUAUGACUACUGCUCCAUAACGCAUAAUAAAAUGGACGAAUUCUCCAGCGCUCCCGGCACCCCGGCCUUCACUGUGCCCAAUCCGCCGUAUUUCAUCCCGCGUCUGGGCGAACUUUCCGAGUGCGAUUGCAAAGAACUCAGUGCCCUUUACAGAUGCAAUAUACAGUGCAAGCCAUUGAACUGUGCCGGAUUACCGCUGCCAGCGGGCAUGUCUCGUCCUGGCGCUGCUCCACAGCCGCAACCCGGCGGACAGCCCGGACAACCCGGUGGACAGGUCAACCCACUGCCUCCUACGCAAGGCCCGGUUAUCGAUCUCUUCCCGCCCACGCAACCCACCCCACCACCCCGGUUUUACCCCGGGACCACCGGUGGCUCCCAUUACCCAACCGGUGCCGUUACAACCAACCCUCCAAUAAUGCCGCCUACGCCGCCAAUCAACAUUCCCGGAAUCUGGAGGAAAUGGCGGUAACGUUGGGAUCGGUGGAGGUAACAUCGGAGGCGGAAUCGGGGGCGGAAUUGGUGGUGGCAGCACUGGAGGCGGAAUCGGAGGUAACUUUGGAAGCGGAACAAUCGGAUCCGGCAUUAAUGGUAUCAACAACGGGAUGGG